AUGAACAAGGUGAAGAAGAAGACUUUACUGUACAGGAACACCCACAGGGCGCAGCCCAUCACAGAGGACCCUGGCUGUACACAACAUCUCAUCACAGAGGACCCUGGAUGUACACAACAACUCACCACAGAGGACCCUGGAUGUACACAACAACUCACCACAGAGGACCCUGGUUGUACACAACAACUCAUCACAGAGGACCCUUGCUAUACACAACAACUCACCACAGAGGAUCCUGACUGUACACAACAGUUCAUCACAGAGGGCCCUGGCUGUACACAACAGCUCAUCACUGAGGACACUGGCUGUACACAACAACUCAUCACAGAGGACCCUGGCUGUACACAACAGCUCAUUACAGAGGACACUGGCUGUACAGAACAGCUUAUCACAGAGCACCCUGACUGUACACAACAGCUUAUCACAGAAGACCCUGACUGUACACAACAACUCAUCACAGAGGACCCUGGCUGUACAGAACAGCUUAUCACAGAGGACCCUGACUGUACACAACAGCUUAUCACAGAGGACCCUGACUGUACAGAACAACUCAUCACAGAGGACCCUGGCUGUACAGAACAGCUUAUCACAGAGGACCCUGGCUGUACACAACAACUCAUCACAGAGGACCCUGGCUGUACAGAACAGCUUAUCACAGAGGACCCUGGCUGUACAGAACAGCUUAUCACAGAGGACCCUGACUGUACACAACAGCUUAUCACAGAGGACCCUGACUGUACAGAACAACUCAUCACAGAGGACCCUGACUGUACAGAACAACUCAUCACAGAGGACCCUGACUGUACACAACAGCUUAUCACAGAGGACCCUGACUGUACAGAACAACUCAUCACAGAGGAUCCUGACUGUACAGAACAACUCAUCACAGAGGACCCUGACUGUACAGAACAACUCAUCACAGAGGACCCUGACUGUACACAACAACUCACCACAGAGGAUCCUGACUGUACAGAACAACUCAUCACAGAGGACCCUGGCUGUACACAACAACUCAUCACAGAGGACCCUGACUGUACACAACAACUCACCACAGAGGAUCCUGACUGUACAGAACAACUCAUCACAGAGGACCCUGGCUGUACACAACAACUCAUCACAGAGGACCCUGACUGUACACAACAGCCCAUCACAGAGGAUCCUGACUGUACAGAACAACUCAUCACAGAGGACCCUGACUGUACAGAACAGCUCACCACAGAGGAUCCUGACUGUACACAACAACUCAUCACAGAGGGCCCUGGCUGUACACAACAACUCACCACAGAGGAUCCUGGCUGUACACAACAACUCAUCACAGAGGGCCCUGGCUGUACACAACAACUCACCACAGAGGAUCCUGGCUGUACACAACAACUCAUCACACAGGGCCCUGGCUGUACACAACAACUCACCACAGAGGAUCCUGGCUGUACACAACAACUCAUCACAGAGGGCCCUGGCUGUACACAACAGCUCAUCACAGAGGGCCCUGGCUGUACACAACAGCUCAUCACAGAGGACCCUGGCUGUACACAACAGCUCACCACAGAGGAUCCUGGCUGUACACAACAACUCAUCACAGAGGGCCCUGGCUGUACACAACAGCUCAUCACAGAGGACACUGGCUGUACACAACAACUCAUCACACAGGGCCCUGGCUGUACACAACAGCUCACCACAGAGGAUCCUGGCUGUACACAACAACUCAUCACAGAGGGCCCUGGCUGUACACAACAGCUCACCACAGAGGAUCCUGGCUGUACACAACAACUCAUCACAGAGGGCCCUGGCUGUACACAACAGCUCAUCACAGAGGACACUGGCUGUACACAACAACUCAUCACACAAGACCCUGGCUGUACACAACAACUCAUCACACAAGACCCUGGCUGUACACAACAGCUCACCACAGAGGAUCCUGACUGUACACAACAGCUCAUCAAAGAGGACCACAGCUAUACACAACAGCUCACCACAGAGGACCCUGGCUAUACACAACAACUCAUCACACAGGGCCCUGGAUGUACACAACAACUCACCACAGAGGACCCUGGUGGUACACAACAACUCAUCACAGAGGACCCUGGCUGUACACAACAGCUUAUCACAGAGGACCCUGACUGUACACAACAGCUUAUCACAGAGGACCCUGACUGUACACAAGAACUCAUCACAGAGGACCCUGGCUGUACACAACAGCUCAUUACAGAGGACACUGGCUGUACACAACAGCUCACCAUAGAGUACCCUGGCUGUACACAACAGCUCACCAUAGAGGACCCUGGUGGUACACAACAGCUUAUCACAGAGGACCCUGACUGUACACAACAGCCCAUCACAGAGGAUCCUGACUGUACACAACAGCUCAUCACAGAGGACCCUGACUGUACACAACAACUCAUCACAGAGGACCCUGACUGUACACAACAGCUCACCACAGAGGAUCCUGACUGUACAGAACAACUCAUCACAGAGGACCCUGACUGUACACAACAGCCCAUCACAGAGGACCCUGACUGUACACAACAGCUCAUCACAGAGGGCCCUGCCUGUACACAACAGCUCAUCACAGAGGGCCCUGGCUGUACACAACAGCUCACCACAGAGGACCCUUGCUAUACACAACAAUUCACCACAGAGGACCCUGGUGGUACACAACAACUCAUCACAGAGGACACUGGCUGUACACAACAGCUCAUCACAGAGGGCCCUGCCUGUACACAACAGCUCACCACAGAGGACCCUUGCUAUACACAACAAUUCACCACAGAGGACCCUGGUGGUACACAACAACUCAUCACAGAGGACACUGGCUGUACACAACAGAUCAUCACAGAGGACCCUGACUGUACACAACAACUCAUUACAGAGGACCCUGGCUGUACACAACAACUCAUCACAGAGGACCCUUGCUAUACACAACAGCUCACCAUAGAGGACCCUGACUGUACACAACAGCUAAACACUGUGGACCCUUGCUAUACACAACAACUCAUCACAGAGGAACCUGACUGUACAUGA